GAUAGUACAACACAUAAAGAUGCAAGGCGUCAAUAGUCUCUAGAUAGUACAAAACAUUAAGAGGCAAGAAGUCAAUAGUCUCUAGAUUGUAUAACACAUCAAGAGGCGAGGAGUCAAUAGUCUUCGGUUGGCAAGGGAUCAGUAAUUUCUAGGAUUUUAGCUAAAAAUAGAUGAAUUUUUCGUCACAAAAGCUUUAAUUAUAUAGUUUUUCUUUUCAUUUAAAUCAACUACUUAUUUCUCACUGACUUCUGAUGAGCUAAUGUUCGUGUUUGAAACUAAGGGGGUUCUUUGGAAAUAAUUUACAUUUUUUCACUAAUAGCAUCACUUCCCCAAAAUGUUUAAUUAUCAAUAUAUAUAUAUAUAUAUAUUUAAAGAUCCUUAUAUUUAACUACUCGUUUGUCAUUUGGAUAUUUCAAUAAGGUAGGGAUGUAUAAUGGAAGUUGUGUAGAACUUAAGAAAUAAAUCGUGUGUGACUUUCCACUCAGAAUAAAAAAUGUUAACCCUAACCUUGGUUUAUCACUAAAACAUGUACCCAUUAGUGUCUUUCAGACGUUUCGCUGCAGCGAAGGCAAGAACAUGGUCUCGUUGACUGGAUUUCGUCAAGACUAGUAGCACGAAACGCUGAAACGUGUAUGAAGAUGCAUGAUAAAUUAAUGUUUCCCAUUUAAUAUACUUCAAAAAACUAACACAGUGGUUAUUGUUAGCUAGUUUUAUUUGCCUCUUAUUGUUGUUUUGAAUUUUAUGUUUAACAAUGCUUAAUUAUUUGACUACAAUGCCGAGCUAUGCUAUUAACCAAUGAUGUGGCUCGUAAACAAGCAAUUCGUUAGUUAGUCUUUCCUGUUGGAAUAUCUCUAGUUGUCAUUAAUCUUCAUACACUUCCAUGAGUCGAAUGCUUUUUUAGAGUGAACAGAAACCUAAUGUUUAACAGAAUAAUUACAAGAACAAACUUUAAACCCAGACAAGGUCGCUUACUGAGCACUGCCUACAAUUUGAAUUCCAGUGAAACAGGGACAGUGUUAACAAGAAUGAACGCUGGAGACUUUUUUGGAGAAAUUGGAAUUCUCAAUCUCGAUGGCUUCAACAGAAGAACUGCAGACGUUCGUUCAGUGGGAUACUCAGAACUUUUUAGUCUGUCAAGAGAAGAUGUAUUAUCAGCAAUGAAGGAUUAUCCUGAGGCUCAGGACAUCUUACAAACAAUGGGUAAAAAGCGCUUGAUGGAGGCACGACGGGCAGCUACGACGGGCAAGAAGAGCGAUGGUGAAGAAAGUGUUCGGAGCACUACACCUCGAGGUACUACACACGUAGAUGAAGAAGGGCCUUGUUCGACCACCAGUAGCAACAAGACGGGUAGUACGCUACGUUUAUUCAAACGGGAUAUGAAGAGCUUGAAGAAACUGCUGAGAAGUAAAAGUACACCUGGAGGGACAUGUCAAAGUACUGAUUGUCAGAUAGAGAUGGCGACACUUGCUAGUGGAGGGCGAACAAGCUCUAAAUAUGGUGCGGAUGGACAAAGGCAUUCCUGUCCUGGUCAGGAGGUCAACAACAGUCCAAUUCAAAAGCUAUUUAGGAGACUUCAUCAGAACAGUGACUUAUCAGGAAGACAACGAAUAAAAGGGCUUGCAAGACGGAUAUCUUGUGUGAAGAUGCAAAUGAGUGAGGGAACUGCAAGAUCUGGGGUGAAUACUAGCCAGAGAACCCCUCAACCAACCACUCCUCAUGCUACCAGUUAUCGGCCUUUAGGGGAAGGACUUCCUCUUUUGGAACGGUUAAAGUUGCUCAAAGAGAAAGAAAGAGUUAUGAGUGAGAAACCUGUGAUAGGAAAAACACCUGUUUCAUCAAAAAUGGUAUCAGUUUCUUCAGUGAAAACAGAACCUCUGUCUACAGAUCCCUGUUGCCCACUGAGAGAAGAUCUUCCAUUGUUAGAACGCAUUAAGCUGCUAAAAGAAAAAGAAAAGGCCACCAACCAAUCAGCGACCCAGGAUCAAAGUAGCAUAGCAACAAAUAUCGAAAUACAACCUCAAAACUUUCAGACUAGUCAAGAAAAUAGUAGUUCUCAGGUGAUUGGUGAGGGCCUGCCUCUUUUAGAGCGUCUGAAGCUACUGCGUGAGAAAGAAAAAAUGCAAGAUUUAGCCACACAGGGAAGCAGCUCCAUUAAUAAAAUAAAAUCUUUUGCAAAUACAGCAAAGGAUUCCAUAAACUUGAGAAAGAAUAUAGGGAAUGAGAUAAGUUUCAGUAUUCCUAGUCAAAGUACUGACAUUAGUAAAAAACAAGAAGAUGCAUCAUUAUUAAAUAAACCAUUAAAAACUGCUAAAAAUGCAACAAAAGCAGAAGUUCAUUCUACUGUAGAUUCAUUGAAACAACAUGACAGUUCCUACCCAUGCCAAAGUUUGUUUAACACAGAAUUUGAUAGAAAAGAUUACAGAACUGACGAUCAAAUUUAUGGAAAAACUGAGUGUACUAAAAGUGCUUUUUCUUCAUCUACCAUCUCUCCAAAAUGGAAGAUAAUGCUACAGAAACCAGCUAAGGAAGUGCUUUUACCUCAGGAUACAACUGUAUCAUUGAAGAUGUCUAACCAACAUACGGAAUCUCCAGUCCAACCUGUAGAAACUGUGAAUUUUAUGGUACAAAGUGACGUUAAUUCCGGAUAUAAUAUAUUACCAGCAAGGCUUAGUGAACCCAGUGAACUAGUGGGGACGCAAACUUAUAAUGAAUUCAACAACAUACUUCCAGAUGUUGUUGGUACUUCUCGUAAAAUAGCCUUCCCCGUGAGAUCUGGGGAGCCUUUGUGCCUAGGAAACAUAGACAUUGUAGGUGAUCGGUUAGACCGUGCAGCAGGAUAUUCUAAUUAUGGAGUUGUUACCACCUCCACUCCUGAAACAAAUGUAUCUAGCUAUCAGACAGCUACUAAAGUAGAGUUAGGUGAAGUCCCUAUCUUAGAUACCUUGAAAGUGACAGAAAAAGUUUGGUCACGGUCGACCGAGCACUCCCAAGAAGGAAAUGGUAAUAUUUUCCAAACAUUUUCUCGUUCUUUUCCACAGUCAACAUUUCGGCCGAAAAUUGCUACUCCAGACCCUCCGUGGAAUCCAAAUGGAGUGGAAGAAUCCAAAAAACCGCUUAGCUGUGUAAACCAAGAGAGCCAAAAACCCAUCUUCACACUGUCAAAUUUCUUUGAGUCUACUUCAGUAGGUCAGCUUUCAACUAAUAAACCAAGAGUUGUAUCAGAAUAUCAUCAAAAACCUCAAUCUAAGAAAGCAAAAGGACUGAUGAAAUACGUUCCACUCUCACCAGAACUUCUUAGGGCUGAAACAGUCCUCGGACAUGCUGCUCGACGUACAAGACUUGUUCGCAUGGAGGCAUUUCGGGAAGAGAGCAGUGAAGAACUGUCUAGCGAGGAAUUCACUCCAGGACCUUCUAGUCCAACUAAACGUGAAAUAGGUUGUCAAACGUAUGUCAACACUAAAGACGCUGAGACUGUGGUAUGUAUCGAAAGUGUUCCAAAACCAGCCGAAACUGAGGUUCAGCAACUACAACAACUGGACAAGAGUGAACUUGAAACAGGAUCCAUUACAAACGCUUACAGCUGCCUUGCUAGAGAUGAAUUAGAAGACCGUCUACAGCAGCUGCUAACUGAGGUCACAGAAUCCCUAAAAUUCUAUUUAGAACAAAACCAGCAAGUGUUAAAGACUCGUAUAGAACAACUACAAGAUGAGCUACGACAACGCAAUGGUUAUAUAGAUGAACUUCACCGUACUCUAGGAACAGUGCAUUCUCCUGAGCUCUUCAGAAGAUCAACCACACAGGACAGCUGCUUGCAGGAAAAGAUUACUUAUUCUGACUCAAGCUUGUCAACAGAAUCAGGAAACGAAGAACUUCCCUUUAUGAUGGAACAGUCAUUUGAAAGUGUUCUGGAACAACCAUCAAAACAUCCUGAAGACGUAAAUAGAGCAAAAUUAAGGGAUCAACGCUACUCUUGGCCGUUAGAGGACGUAAGUCAUAAGAAUAUCCAAGAUCUGUCCCGUCGAAGUUCUUGGGACCAUCACAAGAGGGAGUUUGGUGAUAAUAUGGAACAAGAACCCCUUCUGAAACCAGACGAACUUUGGAAGGUGGAGUUUCCAGUUAAAAACAAUGUCCAUGUUGAAGCAUCUUCAAGCAGCACGAGACGACACAGUGUGGUACCAGAUAGUUUUGACCAUCAAGUGGAUCUGUAUCCUGAUUCUAAGUCUAGCGACAGUUCACAGGAUAAAACUCCAAACAACGAUUGGGAGGUUCGGAUGCUCGUCGAGGAGUUUGAGAAGAAAGUGCAAGAGCAACAGAAGAGAAGACACUCUUCUGGUGAAAUGUUGUCAUGGAGACGAGUUCUGGGGACUGAUCUUCACUACCACAAGCAGCCAAUUUGUCAUCCCGGUGGUCAAGUCAGGAAGCUCAGUUUGCGAGAUGAUUGGCUUCGUCAAUACAGCUGCUCUUCUAGAAAUAAGAAGUCCUGUCCUCGUGUAUCUGUGUCCGAUUAUUUUCUUCACGAUAAUCUCAACCCUGGUAGUAGAACAGCAACUUCUGCUAGCAUGUAUGAUAUUACCUCAACCCCCUUGCCCAAAGGGAAGUUUAGAGGAUUCGAAGCAAAGCAAGGAAGUCGUUGCUUUCCAAGACCCACGAAAACAGCGUCUCACAGACGCCAGCUUUUCAAACAAAACAAGCAACAUAGUAUGACUGAUCCAUCGCCAAACAUGUCCCCGCUCCAGAAGCGACGUCACCUCCUUAGAUGGGUCAGCCUCGACGAUUCCUCCUGCCCACAAGACUGUGAAAGUACGCUGGGUAGAGUGAAAAGUGAGCCAACCACUGAAGAUAUACACUUCAAGUUUCAAAAUAGAGACACGCAUGCACUGCUGAAACCACCUAUGUUACCUUCCGAAAGAUUUCUGUCUGCUGGGUUAAAGACUCGUGAGUUUAUUGGUUGGCCGUCAAGUCCAUGUCUUCCCACUAUUACCGAGGUCGAUCAUCAAAAACUUGCAUUAUCCAAGCAGGACUCUUACACACUUAACAGGAGCGCCAGCGAAGAUUAUCUGAAUGAAGGUGGGGGGUGGGUUGCGGGGGAAUCUCAGAAGAAAAUAGUUCAAAGAGAGAAUCUAGAAGCCAUCGCAAGCUGUUUGGGAACCGAAUCACACACUGACGUUAAUGGUCUCAGGGGUGCAUGCUUAGUGACUGUAGAAAGUUAUCAAGACUCGACAACGAACGAGUACGAAGAAGAUUCAUCGCUAGUGCCUGAAGAAGAAAGUUUCAUAAUUCCCAUACCUGAACAUGAUCUUCAUCCUCAAUAAUGGAGGGGCAUUUUUAUCAUUUUAAUAGCUUAGAUGUUUCUUCUUAACUUUUAGCUUACAGAUAAUGGUAAUAUGAAAAUAACGGGUACAUUAUGGUAUAGAUAAUUCAAGUCUUUUAUUACUUUGUCCACAGUUGUUGUUGGCGUUUUUUUCAACUAAGUAAGUAGUCUACGAGAACGAACUGAGAGCUAGAAUAAAAUAAAUUUUGAAUUUAUUUUCGCAUAAAGGGUACUGCGAUAUUCACAAAAAUAUUUAUAAAUAAAUAGUUACUCUUACGCAUAUGCUGAAAACUUUCUUUCAUCAACAAAAAUAUUCAAUGAAGAUAAAAUAGUUCAAACAUCUAAUUUGUAUUCUUCCGCUGACAGGUAUAAACUACCAUUUUCAACUGCUCAAUUUGUUACAGGUUUGUAGGUGGUAUUAAAAAUAGUUUUAAACAUUAAAUUGAAUAUUUUAAUUUGUAUUCUUCCGCUGACAGGUAUAAACUACCAUUUUUAACUGACCGAUUUGUUACAGGUUUGUAGGGGGUAUUAAAAUAGUUUUAAACAUUAAAUAGAAUAUUUUAAUUCUUUAAUUUACCUAAAAUUUAUAUUUCAACAUCAUAUUUGUUUCCUGUUUUAUAAUUAAGAUAUCAUUAAAAACUUUGUUUUUAAUUUAUUACCAAACAUAUGGGGAAAACAGUAUAACUUAUAUGGGGUUUUGAUCCCUUUUUAAUUCACCAUACAGUAUUAAUUUAGAAAUUAUAUACACAUACCAUUGUAAGAGGCCUAACUGUAUUUCUUUGGUUUGCUACCCCAAGCUAUGCUGAUGACCCUCGAAGAGGCGAAAAUGUAGUCCACAGCAGAGGGUACAGUCAAUCAUAGAAUGCAUUAGGCCUCUACGUCAUAGAUUCUAAUUCCAAUUUAACCUUUGGUGAAAAGAAAUAUUUAACAUAUAAAGCCUAAUGUAUAGCUUUGAUUUGUUUGUUUGUU